UAAAAAUUUAUUCAAACUAAUAAAAUACGAUAAAUUAAACACGUGGUUACUAGCAAGGGUAUAGAUAAACAAACAUAAGACCACAUUAUGUUCGGAAAAAACAUGAGAAGACAUUAAAUUAAAACAACAUAACAUGGAUAAGAUGAUGGUUAUGGUUGGCAGAUAGAGAGACAGAAACGGUAACACGAACUGAACUAUUUACUCUGUUCUCAACCUUCUCACACACUUAGACAUUGUCGUGUUCUCUUCUCUUUGCUUUUAACGGAUAAACCCUCUCAUUGCUCUGUAACUCCAAAUGGCAGCGUUUGCUAAACCCUCCCAACUCCAUCCUCAAAGUGACCAUCCCAUUCUUCCAACCACUUCCACCAACUUCAAGUUCAAAACUUUCACUUUCACCCGCAACGUUCACACCCUCCAUCCCCCACUCAGAAACGUUAAACAUAUUUGGGUCUCAAAUUCUGUCACCACCACCACCUCCCUCAGCAGUCACAACCCAAACUCUGAUAUUGUUCAAUUAUGUCUUCUUGGGGAUUUGGACAGUGCUAUGAGCUACUUAGACUCCAUGCAAGACCUUCCAAUUUCAGUUGAAGAAGAUGCUUAUGUUGCUUUACUACGGCUGUGCGAGUGGAAGAGAGCAAGGAAAGAAGGGUCUCGUGUUUACUCUUAUGUUUCCAAGUUGAUGACCCAUUUGAGCCUUAAGCUGGGGAAUGCUCUUUUGAGCAUGUUUGUGAGGUUUGGGAAUUUGGUGGAUGCUUGGUAUGUGUUUGGGAAAAUGGAGGAGAGAAAUUUGUUCUCUUGGAAUGUUUUGGUUGGUGGGUAUGCUAAAGCUGGCUUCUUUGAUGAGGCAUUGGAUCUCUAUCAUAGAAUGUUGUGGGUUGGUGUGAGGCCUGAUGUUUAUACUUUCCCUUGUGUUUUGAGGACUUGUGGUGGCAUGCCUAACUUGGGGAGGGGUAGGGAGAUUCACGUGCAUGUUAUGAGACAUGGGUUUGAGUCAGAUGUGGAUGUGGUUAAUGCAUUGAUAACUAUGUAUGUGAAAUGUGGGGAUGUCGAUACUGCUAGGUUGGUGUUCGAUAAAAUGCCUAAUAGAGAUAGGAUUUCGUGGAAUGCCAUGAUUUCUGGGUAUUUUGAAAAUGGACUGUGUUUGGAGGGACUGAGGUUGUUCUGUAUGAUGAUUGAACAUCCGGUUGAUCCUGAUUUGAUGACCAUGACCAGCGUGAUCACUGCUUGUGAGCUUCUGGGUGAUGAGAAAUUGGGAAGGGAGAUUCAUGGUUAUGUUCUGAGAACCGAGUUUGGGAGAGAUCCAUCAGUUUAUAAUUCGUUGAUUCAGAUGUACUCAUCUGUUGGACUCAUUGAGGAAGCUGAAAAAGUUUUCUCUCAAACAGAAUGUAGAGAUGUGGUGUCAUGGACUGCAAUGAUAUCAGGCUAUGAAAACAGUUUGAUGCCUCAGAAAGCUCUUGACACAUAUAAAAUGAUGGAAGCGAAAGGUAUCAUGCCAGAUGAAAUCACCUUAGCCAGUGCGCUAUCUGCUUGUUCUUGUUUAUGCCAUUUAGAUAUGGGGAUGAACCUUCAUGAGCUGGCCAAGCAAACAGGGCUUAUCUCAUAUGUGAUAGUUGCAAACACACUCAUUGACAUGUAUGCUAAGUGUAAAUGCAUUGACAAGGCUUUAGAAGUUUUCCACUCUACUCGUGAGAAGAAUAUUAUAUCUUGGACAUCUAUCAUUCUUGGUCUUAGGAUCAAUAACCGGUGUUUCGAAGCUUUAUUUUUCUUCAGGGACAUGUUGCUUAGACUAAAGCCAAACUCUGUUACUUUAGUUUGUGUCUUAUCUGCAUGUGCUAGAAUAGGAGCUUUGACAUGUGGGAAAGAAAUCCAUGCCCAUGCAUUGAGGACUGGAGUAGGUUUUGAUGGUUUUAUGCCCAAUGCAAUUUUGGACAUGUAUGUGAGGUGUGGAAGAAUGGAAUAUGCAUGGAAACAAUUUUUCUCAGUUGAUCAUGAUGUCGCUGCAUGGAACAUUUUGCUAACAGGAUAUGCUGAGCGUGGGAAAGGAGCACUUGCUACUGAGCAUUUUCAGAAAAUGGUAGAGUCAAAUGUUAAUCCUGAUGAAAUUACAUUUAUCUCCAUAUUAUGUGCUUGCAGCAGAUCUGGUAUGGUUGCUGAAGGCUUAGAAUAUUUUAACAGCAUGAAAUAUAAGUACUCAAUCACACCUAAUCUGAAACACUAUGCAUGUGUGGUUGAUUUACUGGGCCGUUCUGGGAAGUUGGAGGAAGCGUAUGAAUUCAUCCAGAAAAUGCCAAUGAAACCAGACCCAGCAGUUUGGGGAGCCUUAUUAAAUGCAUGCAGGAUCCAUCAUGAUGUUGAGCUUGGAGAACUUGCUGCAGAAAAUAUCUUUCAAGAUGAUACAACAAGUGUUGGAUACUAUAUUCUUCUCUCUAAUCUUUAUGCUGACAAUGGUAAAUGGGACAAGGUUGCAGAAGUAAGAAAAAUGAUGAGGCAAAAUGGGCUAAUAGUUGAUCCUGGAUGCAGCUGGGUGGAAAUGAAGGGCACAGUGCAUGCUUUUCUCAGUGGUGAUAACUUUCACCCUCAAAUAAAGGAAAUAAACGCACUUUUGGACAGAUUUUAUAGGAAGAUGAAGGAAGCUGGUGUUGAAGGGCCAGAAAGCUGUAACAUGGACAUAAUGGAAGCUUCUAAGGCUGAUAUAUUUUGUGGGCAUAGUGAGAGACUAGCCAUUACCUUUGGACUCAUAAAUUCUGGCCCUGGCAUACCUAUUUGGGUAACAAAGAAUUUGUACAUGUGCCAAAGUUGUCACAACAUUGUCAAAUUUAUAUCUAAGGAGGUUCGCAGAGAUAUUUCUGUGAGGGAUGCUGAACAAUUUCACCAUUUCAAGGGGGGUUUCUGCUCUUGCAUGGAUGAAGGUUAUAGGACUCAGCCUGAUUUGCAAGAAAACUGUAAUAUAUGUAGCAUCAUAUCGAAAAGUUAAAAUUGCAAGAAAUUACUACUUCAAGAUCCUGCACAUAAUUGAUUAAUGGGCCCAUGAAUCAUCGAUCAACCUUAUACAUAACAUUUAAGCUUACAAUAAUAGUUGUGCAUGUAAUAAUGCUAAUUUUAAGUUAAAGUCAUUAUUUUCUAAUAGUAAUAAUAAUCACGGAGUUAUUCCUUUUGUUUUGGUAACUAUCAUAAAGUUUAUUCUUUUGCCAUUGUAACCAACGGAAAAUCUUGCACGUUAUUCUGAGGUGUUAGCGAAAAAGCAUCUUAUCUAUAACGCAAAGAGAAGUGGUGAAUAGGUGGUAACGUGGAGAUUCUUGCUUCUUGUGUUGAAAUUUGACAAUUGAGUUUGUCUUCCAAGUGUCACGAGAUGUUACCAAAAUAACAAAUAUUAAAACGACCCUUUAAAUUUUAAAUACUAGCUAAGUACUAUGUUCUGCUAUUUUAGUUGAUGUAACAUAUUAAAGUAAAUCCUAAUUAUAGCUUUGACUU